AUGCUACGGAGAGCUGCGAGCAAUGCAUACUCAUGGUGGUGGGCAAGCCACGUUCGAACCAAACAAUCCAAAUGGCUCGAAGAAAACCUCCAAGAUAUCGAGGAGAAGGUGCAAUACGCACUUAAGCUCUUGGAAGAUGAAGGAGAUUCAUUUGCUAAGCGUGCAGAAAUGUAUUACAAGAGAAGGCCUGAAUUGAUAAGUUUCGUUGAAGAAGCUUUCAAGGCUUAUCGUGCUUUAGCAGAAAGGUACGAUCAUAUCUCCAAGGAGCUCCAAAACGCUAACACCACAAUUGCAUCUGUUUUCCCUGAACAAGUCCCUGAGUUUGCCAUGAACGAGGACGAAGAUUCUGGUCCUCAUGAUCAUGUCUCAUCAUUCAAGAAUGCGCCACCGAAUAAGAAUAUUCCAAAGGUUCCUGAUUUUCCUAUAAAAGACACUGAGGCUGCAAGGAUGAUGAAACUUAUCAGAGGACAAGAUGAUGACUCGACCGUUGUUAACAAGUCCGGUCUGAGCAAAGCCGAGGCGGUGGGAGAGAUUGAUAAGUUGCAGAAAGAGAUUCUUGUUUUGCAAACUGAGAAAGAGUUUGUCAAGACUUCUUAUGAGAAUGCACUUGCAAAAUAUUGGGAGAUUGAGAAUUGUAUCAUAGAGAAACAAGGCAAGGUUAUUAGUUUGCAAGAUGAGUUUGACGAAGGUGUUGUUAUAGAGAAUGAAGAAGCUCAGAUUCUGAUGUCCACCACAGCUCUCAAAUCAUGCGAAGAGAAACUGCAAGAGCUGAGAGAUAAACAGGAAGAGAAUGUUAAAGAGACAGAGAUUGCAAGAAAAGAGAUCAAAGAAUCAACAGAGGAAUUUGGUAACAUUUCUGAUGGAAGAGAGAAUCAGAGUAAUGAAUCCUUGGAGGAGAAGGUAGAUGAAGAGUUUGACUCUGAGGCUGCUGCUAGGUCAUGUGUUACUAUAACAGAUGUGGCUGAUAAGAUUGAUGAGCUUGUGAAUGAUGUGAUCAAUUUGGAGAGUUUGUUCACAUCUCAAGCAGCUUUAAUACAGAGGCUACGAGAAGAAAUUGAUGAUCUCAAGGCACAGAUUAGAGAUCUGCAAAAGGAAAACAACACAUCUCAAAGUGAUGAUAACACUGACAUGAGAGAUAAGAAGCUGAAGGGUAUUGAGGAUAUAGAUCAUGCAGUUGAAAAACAGAGCAAGAACAUUGAAAAACACCUUACACUAGCUCAUAUCAAACUAGUUUUCUUGUCUGAGAGAUUAAAAAGCUUGAAGCAAGGUGGUGGAGAAGAAGAAGUCAAGGCUAUUAUUGUGCCAAUUCAAGAUGCAAGAUCUUUGACAGAUGCAAAGCUUCCAGAGGAAAAUCUUGAUCAUGCAGUUAAAGUUAAUCAAGAAGAGAUCAGUGAAACUACAGAGAAGGAAGCUUUAUUAUCACCAAAAUCAGACAUUGGAACUGAAGAUGAAGCGUUCUUGGAGAAGUUGCUUGCACAUGGGACUGAAGGUAGAGAGAAACAUUUGUUAACAGAAUACACCAAAGUGCUUCGUAACUACAAGGAGGUAAAGAAGAUGUUAGAUGAGACAGAAACAAGAAGGAAGAGUGAAAACACAAUGAAAGAUGAACAGCUCAGAGUCUUAAACCAUAGACUCAACCUUCUUCUAAAAGGUCAAAAUGAUGGUGGUGGUGGUGAUGAUCUGCAAGAAGUCAGCGCCAAGGAUCAAAAACAAAAGGACCAACUGUUCAUGCUGCUUUUCAGAGAAGAUAAUGCUAUGAAUGCAAUAUCUGGUCAAAAGCAGAUGAUGCUAUCACCAAAUGAACAGCAAUUCGGAGCAAGAGUUGAUGCACUACUAAGCCAGAAUCUGAACCUCUUGGUGAAGUUUAGCAACUCUUUUGGACAGAUACAACAGUUUGAUACUGGGAUCAAGGACUUGCAUGUCGAGUUAUCUAAGAUCAUGGAGCAAAAGAAUCAAGAUAAGCCUUCUCUCAGAUCAAAUGUUCGUCCUAUUUACAAACACCUAAGCGAGAUCCGCACAGAACUAACAAUCUGGCUGGAGAAGAGUUUGCUUCUAAAGCAAGAAAUCAACUUAAGAGCUUCAACUCUAAGUGACCUACAAAAUGAAAUAACAGAAGCUCUCAAAACAGAUUCUGAAGACUCUGAAAUGAAGUUUACGACCUACCAAGCUGCUAAAUUUGAAGGUGAGGUUUCAAACAUGAAGAAGGAGAACGACAGGAUAGCAGAAGAGCUGGAAGCAGGUUUAGAUCAAGUUACCAAAUUGCAGAAGGAAGCUGAUAAGACGCUUGAGAAAUUGAGAGAGGAGUUUUCACUUGCUGAGUCAAAGAACCGUUCGAACGUGCAAUCUUCUUCGCAAGAUAUCAGAGCUCGUAUUCCUUUGAGGUCGUUUAUCUUUGAUAUAAAGCCAAAGAAGCAAAGACUGUCCAUUUUCUCUUGUAUUCAACCUUCAGUGUCCAAGAAGAUGAGGCCUGCUGGUUCAUAG